AUGGCUGCAGCCAGCGUGACCCCUCCCGGCUCCCUGGACGCGCUGCAGCCCGGCUUCUCCACGGCCCUGCUGGGGACCAAGCUGGAGGACAAGUAUCUGUGCUCGGCCUGUGAGAACGUCCUGCGCAGGCCCUUCCAGGCCCAGUGCGGCCACCGCUACUGCUCCUUCUGCCUGAGCAGCAUCCUCAGCUCCGGGCCCCAGAACUGCGCUGCCUGUGUGCGGGAGGGCAUCUACGAAGAAGGCGUCUCCGUCUUAGAGGGCAGCUCGGCUUUCCCCGACAACGCUGCCCGCAGGGAGGUGGAGAGCCUGCCCGCCAUCUGCUCCAACGACGGCUGCGCCUGGAAGGGGACCCUCAAGGAGUACGAGAGCUGCCACGAAGGCCUCUGCCCGUUCCUGCUGACCGAGUGCCCGGCAUGCAAAGGCCUGGUCCGCCUCGGCGAGAAGGAGCGCCACGAGGAGCAGGAGUGCCCGGAGAGGAGCCUCAGCUGCCAGCACUGCCGGGCCGCCUGCUGCUGGGCCGACGUGAAGGCACACCAUGAGGUCUGCCCCAAGUUCCCCGUGACCUGCGAGGGCUGCGGCCAGGUGACCCCUCGCGAGAAAUUCCAGGACCACCUCCGGACGUGCGGCAAGCGCCCGGGCCCCUGCCGGUUCCAGGACGUCGGCUGCCUGGAGAUGGUGGAGAGCGGGAAGCAGCCGGAGCACGAGCUGCAGCGGCUCCGGGAGCACCUGGCCAUGCUGCUGCGGCUGCUGCUGGGGGCCGGGCGCCCGGCCCCGGGCCCCGGCGAGGCGGGGCUGCUGCGGCGCUGCGGGGCCCUGGAGGAGAAGACGGCCACCUUCGAGAACAUCGUCUGCGUGCUGAACCGCGAGGUGGAGCGGGUGGCCGUGACCGCCGAGGCCUGCGGCCGGCAGCACCGGCUGGACCAGGACCGGAUCAAGGCCCUGAGUAACAAGGUGCAGCAGCUGGAGAGGAGCAUCGGUCUGAAGGACCUGGCAAUGGCCGACCUGGAGCAGAAGGUUCAUGAGAUGGAGGCAUCCACCUUUGACGGCGUGUUCGUCUGGAAGAUCUCCGACUUCGCUAGGAAGCGCCAGGAGGCUGUGGCCGGCCGCACCCCUGCCAUCUUCUCGCCAGCCUUCUACACCAGCAGGUACGGCUACAAGAUGUGCCUGCGCGCGUACCUCAACGGGGACGGCACGGGCCGGGGCACACACCUGUCCCUCUUCUUCGUGGUGAUGAAGGGCCCCCAUGACGCCCUCCUGCGCUGGCCCUUCAACCAAAAGGUGACCCUCAUGCUGCUUGACCAGAACAACCGGGAGCACGUGAUCGACGCCUUCAGACCCGACGUGACCUCCUCCUCUUUCCAGAGGCCCGUCAGUGACAUGAACAUUGCGAGCGGCUGCCCCCUCUUCUGCCCCGUCUCCAAGAUGGAGGCCAAGAACUCGUACGUGCGCGACGACGCCAUCUUCAUCAAGGCCAUCGUGGACCUGACGGGGCUCUAG